AUGGCCAAGUGGCGCGCAGGGCGCUGGCAGAGGACGCGGACCGCGGUUCGGAACCCAGUGGGUGCCUUUGGUACCGUUCAUGAACAUUCCCGAUGCAGCUUGCAGCUCGCCACCCAGCCAUCAGGGCGGGCCGAAGAUGCUGGAAUGAUGUCUGCAGAAUACGCUGCAGCAACGGAUUUCUUGAAGUGGAGAGCCACACGAAAAAACAGGCUGCCUUUUGAGUAUCCACCGCAGGCGCUGAAACGGGUCCACAUCAAGUAUCUCUCAGAUGCCCCGGUCGCACAGCUCUUGGCCUUGCAUGCGCUGCCCUUCCACCCCAAAGCCGUGGCCUGCUGCGCUCCGGUGCCUCGCGUGGCAGAGGGACCUGGUUCAGCGCUGCUGGUGCAGGAGCACCAGCUUUGCCUCAUGGCUUCAUUACUCUUGGACGCUUGCCAGUCGUGGUUGCCGAGCGCCAGUGCGCUGUUCUUCGAGUCCACCAUGAAAGCUGAGAGUUUGCUGGGCUCCAUUUUCCCGGACAUUUGGCGCAUUCACUCGGACCAGACCAACAGACACAGGCUUGUGGCCGAAGCACUCUUUCCCUGA